GGCGACGGCGGCAGGAGCUGGUCCCGGCGCCGCCUCGGGCUCCGCUCGGCUCGGGGGGCUGCUCCCGGAGGAGGAGAGUCAGGCGAGGGGCGGAGAGCCGCGGGGCCCGCGGGCCGGGCGCAUGGCUUAGGGACGCCCCCGCCCGCCGCGCCCCCAGCAUGGGGAAACUUCACUCCAAGCCGGCCGCCGUGUGCAAGCGCAGGGAGAGCCCGGAAGGUGACAGCUUCGCAGUGAGUGCCGCCUGGGCCCGGAAAGGCAUUGAGGAGUGGAUCGGCAGGCAGCGCUGCCCGGGCGGCAGCUCCGGACCCCGACAGCUGCGGGCGGCGGGCACCGUCGGCAGAGGAGCCCGGGAGCUCGUGGGCGAGGUUUUCCGAGAGACACUCAGCGAGGAGGAAGAGGAAGACUUUCGCCUGGAAGUGGCCCUGCCUCCCGAGAAGACUGACGGGCUGGCCAGCGGAGAUGAGAAGAGGAUGGAGAAGCCGAGCGAGUCCUGCCCGGGCUCCAAGAAGCAGCUGAAGUUUGAGGAGCUACAGUGUGACGUGUCCGUGGAGGAGGACAGCCGGCAGGAGUGGACUUUCACGCUGUAUGACUUUGACAACAAUGGGAAGGUCACGCGCGAGGACAUCACCAGCCUGCUGCACACCAUCUACGAGGUGGUCGACUCCUCCGUCAACCACUCCCCCACGUCCAGCAAGACGCUGCGCGUGAAGCUGACCGUGGCCCCCGAUGGGAGCCAGGGCAAGAAGAGCGUCCUUCUCAGCCAUCCCGACCUGCAGACCACCAGGCCCAGAGCGGAAACCAAGCCGGCAGAGGAGCUGCGCAGCUGGGAGAAGAAGCAGCGAGCCCCACUCAGGUUCCAGGGAGACAGCCGCCCGGAGCAGCCUGGCUGCCAGCACCACUGUGUGGACGAGAACAUCGAGAGGAGAAACCACUACCUGGAUCUGGCCGGGAUAGAGAACUACACCUCCCAGUUUGGGCCUGGCUCCCCGUCCACGGCCCAGAAGUCCGAACUGCCCCCCCGCACCUCCAAUCCCACGCGGUCCCGCUCCCACGAGCCAGAAGCCGUCCACGCCCCACACCGAAAGCCCCCGGGUGCGGACCCAGGCUCCUCCCACGGCCCCGACGCCCCCUUUGCCAAGGUCUCGGAGGCCCAGCAGCGGCUCCGGGGCGCCCAGGACGGGAGCAAGCACUUUGUGAGGUCCCCCAAGGCCCAGGGCAAGAGCGUGGGUGUGGGCCACGGGGCCAGAGGGGCAAGAAGCAAACCCCCUCUGGGACCCACAGUCCCCGCAGCAUCCCCGUCCACCCACCUGACCGUUGGCGCGGCCCUCCUCCCCACCCUGGCCCCCCUUGGCCACAAGAAACACAGGCACCGAGCCAAGGAGAGCCAGCAGGGGGGCCGGGGCCUGCAGGGGCCGCCGGCCGUGGGCAGCGCCCUGGCGGGGCGGGACCAGGUGCGGGAGCUGCCCACCGUGGUGGUGUAUGACGGCCCGGCCGGCCAGGCGGUCCAGAGACACGAGCAUCGCCACCACCACGAACACCACCACCACCACCACCACUUCUACCAGACCUAGGCCCUUGGUGCCCCGCCGCGAGGGGCCCUGCCCCGGGCCCCCCAGGCAUUCUUAUUCUAUUAAUUAUUGUUAUUAUGACGAUUAUUGUUAUUAAUAAUGAUUGUUACUCCACUAAUAUUCCGCUAGGCUCCAUGUAGAAGAUCUGUGGAAACAUAGAAGUCAACUUUUAUUUAUAAGUGUGGGGACUGCGCGACUCCCCCAGGGGGCGACUCUGAGUUCGGCAGCGGCCUGCAGCCAGCAGAGGCUCCCUCGGUUCCGGCUGUGGUUUCCACGCAGGCCCACACCCUACCCAGCCCCGCCCCGCUCCGCUCCGGGAGCCCCUCAGCCAGAACUCCGCCCCACCCCCCAUCUCUUCCAGAGACCCUCAAAAUCUCCGAGAAGAUAAACAGCUGCUACCUCUUAGUAUUAUUCUGAUUUUAUUUUGCCCUUAACUGACUGUAACACGCUCCAAGGAUUUCGGCGGACUGUGGGCGCGCCCCCUUCCUGGCUGCUGUGUUUUCACGUCCCGACCUGGGACCCCUAGCUGUCCUUUCUGGAGUUCUCGUUCAUGCCUUUCCAGGGCGGUCAUGCCCUCGCCCCAACGCGUCCCUCUUUCCCGCCGAGCACCACGGGAACAUACACUUCUCCUUCCCCUCCUUCUCCUUCUCCUUCUCCUCGCUUCUGUAGAAAGAUACACUUUUAAAGACUGCCCCCGAAACCAGCCUUCUCACGGGGGGAAAACUCCGCGGAGGGAUCCGGCCAGACGAACCAGCGGGGGGUUUCCCGGGGUGGGCAGUGGGGUGCGCCGCUUGUGCCAGAAGAUGGGGAAGCCUGAGUCCUGCCCUCGGCAAAUCUGUGCGUCCUGUUGGGGUUCGGCGACAGCUCUCUGUCUCUAUUGCUAGAUGCCAUCUGUCCAUUUCUAUGUAUCUUUCUAUAAAUACACACUCUCAGGUACCUUUGCGCCUGUGCUGAAGUCAGUGUUUGCUUCUGUGGACAUCUCCUGGGCCCAGCAACUCCGGCUGUCUGCCUUUCUGCCGCUUGGCCUCCCGGCAUCGUCCCCUUUUCCAGAGCCUCUGCUUUGGGUUCAGUGUGGUUGGUGAGGAGUUAUUUUUAAAGAUAGUGGGCUUAGUUGUUGUCACCAUAUAUUAUUGGAUUAGGGACAGUGUGCCUGGGACUGGAUUAAUACAUUUGAUCCUCAGGACAACCCUACGAGGCAGCCAAUGGAAGCUCAGAAGGCAUGGCGGGCUCAGAGAGGUUGAGUGACUUGCUUGAGAUCACACAGCAGAUGGCAGAGCUGGGAUUCUAGUCUUCCCUGUGGCCCCUUAACCACUGAAUGUUAACCACUGUGUUUGGGCUUCUGACACCCAGCUGUUGGCAAUGCAGCCAAGGGAGGGAGGGAGCAGGGAGGCCCCCAUGCCAGCGUGCUUUGCAAUGGUGUUGGGGCUGCUGGCUCUCUGGGCUACACCAUCCAAUGGAAAAGGAUCUUGCACUAGGGGACCAGGGGAAGAUACUGAUUGGAUAGGCUCAGGGCCAAUACCGAUCUCUGGGCCAAUCACUGUGGCCCAGUGGGGUCACAUGGCUAACCUGUGGCAAGGGAGCGAGGUAUGCACCUGAGAGGGAGGAAAGGUGCGGAGUGGACAAGGGCUGUGGACGCCCCAGGCCCGGCGUUGCUGCAACCAUGGAAACGAACCAGGAAUUGGGUCCACGAAAGGAGCUCUCUGUGGCUAGGCGGCUGGAGAGCGUUUCCUCAGCCUCUGACGGGAGCCCCCAUGCUGGCUCCCCCACCCCCGCUGUCAGGGUUCUGUUUCAUGCUGACUGGGGUUUUAGAAAUUUAGGAAAGCAGUAACGUGCACAUGUAGAAGAUUCAGACAUUGGGUUGGCCAAAAAGUUUAAUUUUUCCCCCUGUAAAAUAAGACACGUUUUUCAUUUUCACUAAUAACUUUAUUGAUUUGGCUACUUUGAGUAUAUCAGCUAUCUCCUGUUAUUGGCUGCUAGUGGGUAGAGGCUGGGGGUGCUGCUGAACAUCUUCCCAUGCAUAAGACGGCCCCGCAGCAAAGAAUUAUUUGGCCAAAGCGUCAGUAGUACCAAGAAACUUUGCAAACCACUUUUGACACAGUCGAUCAGUCACAGCACCUUCCUCAUACACCAUGCAGAUCUUUUUUUUUUUUUUUGCGUUUCGGUUGUGUUUUUUUACCUUUCUUGAAAUCACAAAGCAGAAUAUACCGACAGUGUUGUGUAUUUUCUUCCAUCUUCCAUUUUAAAACGGCUGCACAAAAAUUCACCAAUUUUGAUACUUUCUAAAAAAUAACGCACAGCUGAUAGGGGACAGCUGUCACAAUCCGAUCUAACAAAACUGUUUCGACAACUCAAGACAUUCAAGACAACUAAAUGCUACCAGAGCCAUCACACAGAAAAAAACGAGGAAACUUUUUGGCCAAUCCAAUAGUACAGAGGUGCACCAUGAAAAGGGGUCCCCCCCAGCACCUGCCAGGGCUGUUCACUGUGGCGGGGGCUUGGGUUCAGGUCCGGACUUCCUCUCUGGGUGCUCUGUGAUGCUGUACACUGUCCCUCUGCGGCCUCAGUUUCUCCUUGAUAAAGGGGAUCCCCACCCCCCCGGACGUACGGUGAAAAUUCAGUGAGCUAAAGCUGUGCCUCGCCCUUGGGAGCGUUAUCCGAGUGUUAGCUGCC